AUGAUCGGAUCCGGAGCUGGAAUCGCAUUCGGAAGCGAAUUCUUCAAUCGCGAAACUCCAGUUCAUAUCCCUCUCGAUGGAUUCCGCAAUAGCCGACGUGUUCGUUUGGUUGUCGUCCCUAAUCAUAACGGAGACCGUUUCGCCGUAGAUCUCCGUACCGGAGAUGACAUUGCUCUCCACUUCAAUCCUCGUUUCAAUGAGGGAGCUAUCAUCACCAACCAUACCGUGAGCGAACACUGGCAACACGAGGGUAAAAGUGAUUCACUCCCAUUCGAACACGGAAAGGCCUACACCUUGGAGUUCGUUUCAGCUGACACAGAAAUUCACGUCUACCUCAACGGAAACUCAUUGCUCUCCUACUCUACCCCUUACGCAUUAGAGGACGUCAGAUCACUCGAUGUCUCCGGAAAUGUUCAUGUUCACUCCGUUCAUGUCAUCUACUAA